ACAACUGUGCGUCAUCCGAAAGCGCCGGUGGCCCGGACGGUCGCGCGGCCCGUGUCGCGCGAAAUCUUCGCUCGGCGGUGCUGUCUCACCGGUGAGGUCGUGAAGCCGGCGAGUCCCACACUCUGUCCUCUCGGCCUCCCGCCACUAUGGAGUACCUCAUCGGCAUCCAGGGCCCCGAUUAUGUCCUUGUCGCCUCCGACCAGGUGGCCGCUAGCAGUAUUGUCCAGAUGAAGGACGAUCAUGACAAGAUGUUUAAGAUGAGUGAAAAAAUCUUACUCCUAUGUGUUGGAGAGGCUGGAGACACUGUACAGUUUGCAGAAUAUAUUCAGAAAAAUGUGCAACUUUAUAAGAUGAGAAAUGGUUAUGAAUUGUCUCCCACAGCAGCAGCUAAUUUCACACGCCGAAACCUGGCUGAUUGUCUUCGGAGUCGGACCCCGUAUCAUGUCAACCUCCUCCUGGCUGGUUAUGAUGAGCAUGAGGGUCCAGCGCUCUACUACAUGGACUACCUGGCAGCCUUGGCCAAAGCCCCUUUUGCAGCCCAUGGCUAUGGUGCCUUCCUGACUCUCAGUAUCCUGGACCGAUACUAUACACCAACUAUCUCUCGUGAGAGGGCAGUGGAGCUUCUUAGGAAAUGUCUAGAGGAGCUCCAGAAACGCUUCAUCCUGAAUCUGCCAACCUUCAGUGUUCGAAUCAUUGACAAAAAUGGCAUCCAUGACCUGGACAACAUUUCCUUCCCUAAACAGGGCUCCUAACCUUAUGCCGACCCUCCCACUUGCCAGGGAACUUUUUUGACGGGCUCCUUCAUCUUUUUCUACGCUUUUGACGCAUCCUUGACAGAUGGUUAAUUCAGAAUAAAGCUGAAUCUGGAUAAAUUGA